UGUGUGAAAAAAGAAGAGUCUUACCAUAAACUCUGGGAGCACUACAGAAAAGUGAGGAUUCACUGACAAUUUAUUCCCAAAGAGUGGAAAAUGGCUGGCCAAAACGGCAUAUUCAUGGGGAUUGACCUGCGCUGCCAGGUGAACAACCACACCCAUCGUACAGAGGAGAUGGACCUAGAAAGGCUGCUUGUCCGUAGGGGACAGCCCUUCUCCCUCGCCUUACAGUGCUCCACACCCCUAAACCCUGAAAACAAACUAGCCAUGGUCCUGCACCUGGGUAAGGAAGGUCAGGUGGUGGUGAAGGUGCUGGAGACCCGUGCUGUUCAUGAUAAGUGGUGGUUCCGUCAGCAGGGGGCUCAGAGUGAGGUUCUGUUGACGGUCCACAGCCCAGCAGAUGCCCCUGUGGGACUCUACAGCAUGACUGUGCUGCUCCUCUCCCCUGAUGGACACAUCCUGGAACAGACCACACUAGAGACAUUCUACCUGCUCUUCAAUCCCUGGUGCAAAGCUGACUCUGUGUACCUCCCUGAUGAGGAGCUACUAGAGGAGUACAUCCUGAAUGAAAAUGGCAUCCUUUACCAGGGCUCCUGGAACCAGAUCUCCUCACUGCCCUGGAACUUCGGACAGUUUGAACAAGAUGUGGUGGACAUCUGUUUUGAAAUCCUGGACAACUCACCCUCUGCCCUGAAAAACCCAGAGAUGGACACAGCCAAUCGAGCAGACCCAGUGUAUGUGAGCCGAACAAUCACCGCAAUGGUGAACGCCAACGAUGAUCGUGGCGUGGUGUCAGGCCGCUGGGACGGGAAGUAUGACGACGGCGUGCCGCCCACACGGUGGACUGGCAGUGUGCCCAUCCUCCGGCGCUGGAGCGAGGCCGGAGCUCAGAGGGUGCGCUACGGACAGUGCUGGGUCUUCUCAGGUGUUGCCUGCACAAUUCUCCGCUGUCUGGGCGUACCCACUCGCCCUGUUACCAACUACUCCUCUGCCCACGACACCGACGGCAACCUGUGUGUGGACUACCUGUAUGACAAUCAGCUGGAGAGUGUGUCCGAGGGAAGGAAGGACAUGAUCUGGAACUACCACUGUUGGGUGGAGUCCUGGAUGGAUCGAGAGGAUCUUCCUGAAGGCUACGGUGGAUGGCAGGCUCUGGACCCCACCCCGCAGGAAAGGAGUGACGGAGUGUACUGUUGUGGGCCCUGUCCAGUGAAGGCAGUGAGGGACGGUGAUGUAGGGAUUAAGUACGAUGCACCGUUCGUGUUCUCUGAGGUUAACGCAGACCUGGUCACCUGGAUCGUCUACCCAGAUGGCCAACGCUCUCAAGUUUCCCUCAACCAGAAGACGGUUGGCCGAAACAUCAGCACCAAGAGUGUGUAUGGAGACUACAGAGAGGACAUCACUAAACAUUACAAAUACCCUGAAGGUUCAGUGAAGGAGCGUGAGGUGUUUGAGAAGGCAGGCCGCCGGGUGUCUCAGCUGAAGGCAGGGAAAGGACAGCUGGAGCUGAAGAUCAAACAUGCGCAGGCCAUCUUGGGAACAGACUUUGACGUGAUAGUGGAGGUGCACAACGUGGGUGGUGAAGACACCGUGGCCCAGCUCACUGUGACAUCCAACGCCGUCACCUACAACAGCCUCCACCGAGGGGAGUGCCAGAGGAAGACCGCCAGUCUUACGGUGCCUGCCCAGAAAGCUCAUAAGGAGGUCCUGCGUCUACACUAUGACCACUACGGAGCAUGUGUGUCUGAGCAUAACGUCAUCAGGGUCACAGCACUGGUCCAGCCCAGCGGCCAGCAAAGCGCCAUCCUGCAGGAGGUCAACAUUUCACUGAGCAUGCCCCAGCUUCAUGUCAAGGUGGUGGGAGAUGCAGUUGUAUCUCGGAAAUUGAUUGCUCACAUCAGCUUCACUAACCCACUGCCCAUCACGCUAAGAGGGGGAGUGUUCACUGCAGAGGGGGCGGGGCUGACGUCAGCACGGGAGAUUCAAGCACCAGGUGACAUUGGCCCAGGUCAAGAGGUGAAAGUCAAGUUGUCCUUUAAGCCAACGCGUGCUGGCCUGAGAAAGCUGUUGGUAGAUUUUGAUGCAGAUAGACUCAAGGAUGUUAAGGGCAUGGCUACUGUUAUAGUGCGAAACAAGUAAACUUUGUAUUCAACAUGUGUAUUUUUUUUUAUAUAAAACAUAACCCUGUAAAUGCUAUGUGAAAAUGUGUUGUAAUAUAAUGUCUUUCUUAACUUUUUAUGACCGUAUUAAGGGACCAUUACCUUGCCCAAAUGAGCUAAGAUUGGACAAAGAUGUGCCCCUAAAUCCAAAACAAUUGUUAAAAGUUCAGACUCACUGUCUGUUCAUCUAAUUACAAAUGUAAGGGACUCAUAUCUACAUUAUAUUGCAAACUAUUUAGAAGCACAUAUUGUGCAACGCUGUACCUUUGUUCUUAAUCAUUUCAUAUUCACACCAACAUGUCUGAGCGUACAUUUUUAAUAAAUGAUUUCUUUAUAA